CGAUCCGCGACCAAGGGAGAUAACUACAAAAAUGAGUUCAUUAUAGAUCCUAUAUAUAAUAUAAAUACACAUCUUUUAUAUAUCUAGAUUCUAAAUAAAUUAAAUCCGAGUUCUUAAAUUUCACUGUACCGAUUUAGUUAUGGCAGGAAUUGAUCUUGAGGUUAUCUAUGGAACUGCCUUAGAGUUGGCUGCAAAAGCAGGAGAGAUGAUAAGAGAUGCAUUCUGGAAAGAAAAAUCAGUGGACACAAAGAUGAGUGCAGCAGACCUAGUGACAGAAACAGACCAGGCAGUGGAGUCUACAGUCAAAGCUAUCAUCAGUGCUAAAUAUCCUAACCACAAAUUUAUUGGAGAAGAGACAACAGCAGCAGCAGGUAAUCACUGUGUCUGGACAGAUGAACCAACUUGGAUCAUUGACCCCAUUGAUGGAACUACCAACUUUGUACACAGCAUUCCAGAAGUGACUUUCUCUUUGGGAUUUACAUUAAAUAAGCAGGUUGUUAUUGGUGUAGUGUAUGCUCCUAUUAAAGAUGAACUUUUUACUGCAAAGUUAAAUCAAGGUGCUUUUCUAAAUGGGAAGAAACUGACAGUGAAUAAAACUAAAGACAUAUCCAAAGCUGUUGUGAUCAUGGAAGGAGGAAGCUCCAGAGAUGUUGAUAUUGUAGAUAAGAAAAUUAAAAAUAUUCAUGCAAUGGUGACCAACUCUCACGGGGUGCGAGCAUACGGUUCUGCAGCUUUGAACUUGUCCCAUAUUGCUGCUGGACGAGGUGAUGCUUAUGUUGAGUAUGGUAUUCAUGUCUGGGAUUUUAUAGCUGGGGCAUUGAUUGCCAAAGAAGCAGGAGCCACAGUGUUGGACCCAACAGGUUCAGAGUUGGACUAUAUGCAUCGUCGUGUGCUUUGUGCUUGUACACCUGAAUUAGCCAAACAGAUUUCAGAAAAAUUGAUUCACCUAGAUAUGGGCUUUGAUUAAAAAUUUGAUUCUACAUAUCAGUGCUGGUAUUUAUUAGAAUUCCAUUUCAUUAUAAAAAAAAAAUCUCUGUUGGAGGAUAAGUUUGUAUCAACUUGUGUAUCUCUCACAUUGGUGUUCAACAUUAGAAUUAAUUUUUGUGUAUCUAGAGAUGUAUUUUUGUAACAGACAAAUAAAAUAACCUUACUGUAGAGUAAUAUUUCUUUUUAUGGUUUACGUAAAGUUGAAAUAAAAGUACAUUUACAAUGUAAAAGACAUUAAAAUAGCUGAUACUAAGUAUGCAGAACUUAUCUCACGAUAAGGAUUUCAAUUUGUUCUUUUGUCCAAAAACUUUUGCUCUCCAUAUUAGAAGGUUAAUCCCCCCCCCCCCUCCCGCCCUUUUCAAAACAAAGUUAUUAUACACCAAUAUAUAUAAUACUUAUAUUAUUCUGUUUAUGGUAUUUUACAUCUUGGGGGAUGAUCUUUUCCCUUAGCAACUUCAUUUGACUAUGGGACUAAUUCUUGAUACAUAUCUCUGUCACAUGUUAGGCAUUUGCAAUCAUGAUCUUUAAUGUAGAUUAGACAAAAGGAAUCCUGAAAAACAAAAUGGUGUUGAAGGAUUGAAACCUUUACUUGAUGAGACGUGAGCACAGGCUAGUUCUUCACAGUCACAGAUGUUGAGUUGGCAUUAUUUAAGGGAACUUCAGAAAGUAUCUUUAUAUGUCACGUUGAUACCCUUAAGAAUUGUUGCCAUUAUGUAAAGCACAUUUCUUUCUAAAGGAAUAAUUGUAUCACCAGCACAAUUUUGUUUUUAAUAACUUGCUUUUAAUUUUUAAAUAAGACAAAAGAAAUUUUUACCAAUAGGCCUGGGGUUAUUUAUUUAUUCAUCUGACAACAAUGUGUAAAUGAGAAUUAUCUUGUUCUAAUUUUAAAAAAUGUUUAUAUUGUAUUUUGUUGUUGUUAUUUAUUACAUGUAAAUAUGUGUCUUCUUACGAUAUUAUAAGAGAUUAUAUGACUGAAACUGCUCUACAUAUUUUGUACCAGAAAAAAAAAAAGACAUUUUAUUAAAAGUUUUGAACUUA